GAAAGUCAUCAUUAGAGUACCUGUUUCAUCUUUAUCAGUUUCAAUUUCCAUAUAAUAUUAACUACUUAUAUUAAAUGUUAAUUCCAAAUACUUCAAAGUUAUUUAUUUACUUUAAUUAUUCACUUAAACAACCGUAAAGUAACUGUAUAUACCUCUCAUUUAUCAAAUAAAAAUUGUUUUGUUUAAAAACAGUGUUAAUAAAAAUUUUCAAUCAAUUAUAAUUAUCUGAUUGAACAAUUAAUUUUAUUGGAUGUUGAUAAACAUGGCUGAGAGUACAACUGAAACGAAUGUCGAACAAGAUAAAGUCAAUGACUACGAUGAAAUAUUUGAUGAUUUGAUUGGAAACAUCGACAUUGAGGGUAUCAGUAGCAGCACAAGUGAAAUUUUACAAACGGAUGCAGUAAAUGACAACUUUCUAACCUUACUUGAUCAAUACUGCAACGAAACGCUCACUAAUUCCUUGACAUCAUCAACCGAGGAUAAUUUCCAGAUCGACAAUCCGGUAUAUGACCUCCAAUCAGCAUCAUUCGAUAUUAACACCGACAAUGUUCAGUUCACUGACAAGCUUCCUCAAAUAUUUAUUAUCAAUCAAUCCCACCAGAACAUCAACUCAAAUGUAGAGAUAAAAAAUCUAACUCAGUACAUUUCUAACUUUAAUAACAAAAGUGCGAUGUGUUCAUCAAUUUCAUCAAAUCAAAGCUUUUUAGAUUUAUCAUCAAAACCUCAUUUGGCUACCAGUGGAGACUUAAAGCCAGCAGGAGAACGUAGGAGUUAUCGGAGUUCGAUGUUUUUAUUGAACCAAUGUGAUCAAACCAAGAAAAAGGACGAGAACUUUUACCACAAAUUAGUAUCACUGCUUGAUGAAGAAGACAUUAAUAAGCUAACUGGAGAAAUGUAUACUUUAGAGUACUACCGAUCAUGCAAUAAAUUGUUGGCAACCAAGUCUCGACCAUUAGCAAAUUUACGGCAUAAAAAUAAAGAAGCUGAGAAAAAACACAAAGAUUUGGUUGACUUGAAUAAAAAAUGCCGAAGCAUUAUACGCAAGUUUAAAAAUGGACCAUUCACUAUUGACACUUUAUUCAAAUGGAAUGAACAACGUUCAAUGGAUGGUCCAAUGAGCUGUUCAAUAUGUCGUUGCAAUAAGUUCUUUAAACGUCCUGGUUCAAUAGCCAACCAUAUUUACAGAGUACAUGAAAAAAUUUUACAAGAAGCACUGGAAACUGGUGAAUUAAGUAAUGUUAUAAGAGAUCGUGAUAAACCGAAACCUUCGAAUAACAGUAGGUUUCAUUUGUAUCAACAACUUGGUACAUUACCAGUCACUCAAAUGAGAACUUCAUAUCCAACAACCAAAGUGGACUUAUCUAUAAAUCAAUUUAACGGAAGAAAUAGUUAUCAGUUCAACCAUUUGUCACCACACACAAUUACAAAGCAAUAGCAUUUUGGACACUGAAUUAUUGGUUUUCCAUAACUAUAGUUAUUCCAUAACUAAUUAGGUCUGUUAAAAUGAAAUAAGUAGUAGAUGAACCGGGUAAGGUUUUCGCAAGAGCUGUUACUUAGGAGGGGGAGGGGACAACAUACGUAAGUCUGCUGCCAGUCUUACGUUGAUUUGGCUACUGGUUAAUAUUAACACAUAUAUGAAAUUCACUCUUAUUAACAUUUUCACCGACUUUUGAACUACGUUAUUUCCUACUUCCACCAUUUUUGGGAUAAAACAUGAAAUACGAAAGCGAAGACUUUACUAUUCUCCUUCUAUUUACAGAUCUUGCUUGCUUAGAAAAGAAGGUACCCUAGUAGCCAUUAAGAAACAGACUGCCGUCAGACUUACGUAUGUUGCUGUCUUUUGGUUUCCUAACGUAAGAUCAACAUAAAAUCAACGUCAGACGUCAGAUGCUGCCGCAGAAAGAAAACAGACAUACGUAAGUCUGUCGACAAUUCUAAUGACAGAUCUUGGCUACUAGGGUAGGAUUAAGGGUCACUUUUUGUUUUCAUUAAAUUAUAUUUCACUAUGUUAAAUUAUUAUUAAUUGUCACUUUUCGAAGUUUCUGUUUAAUGCCAAGAAGUUAUUUUUUAAUAUAUUUGUGGGUUAGCUGAUGGAAGACGCACCGUGUUUGCAUAAUAAACGAAUAGACCAUUAUCCUACCUUCUUCUGUUUAAAACUUACAGAUAUCUUAAUAAGAUAUCGGCCUUCGUUAGAAUUUUUCAGAAUAAAAUAGUUAAACAUUAUUGGACGAAGAAAAUUGUAAAAUAAAUAAUCAACUUUUUGAAAAGAUUUAUAACGCAGAGAAAAACUUCAAGCUAAGUACGAUAUGAUGACUGGAGUGUAAAACUGCCCGACCCGAAGGUGAGAAUAACAAAUAUAGUUCAGUCACUAUAUUUUGAGAAAGAGCGAGAAUUGAAAGUCCAUUGAACAUUAACCAAUUUUGUUCGUUAGAUUGUUUUUAGUGACGGCAGACAUCAGUAUGAAUUUGUGAACACAUGGCAAAAUGUGUUGUUCUUUGUAUUAAAUAUCUGGAAAAAACGCAUCGGAGAUCGAGACAUGAUAAGUGCAAUUUUUAGAGCUUUUCACGAGCAAAACAAUGAGAUCAGCUUUAACUCUCUACGACCAAUGGUUCUCGAGAUAUUGUUCUAUUUUUGAGAUAUUAAUUGUUUAUGUCAACAGUCCCACUGUUUUUUAAACAAUUAAUCGUAGCUCAUCAUCAAAUGAAUUUUUUGAAUUUUUUUUUUUAAUCGGAAGCUACAUUCAUGCCAAAUAUAUAAAACAACUUAGCAUUGAUGAAGUAUCAUAACUUGUUUGAAUAAAAAAUAAAAAAUGAAAAUUCAAAAAAUUUGUCAUAAUAAAUGUUUUUUUUUUUUUUUUAUUCAAAAAAGUAAUGAUCCAAAACAACCUUAUCAACAAAAUCGGUUAAUGUUCGAUGAACAUUCACUUUUCAGAGCACCUUGACUAGACUAACAUCUGAGUAAAGAUUGUACUUUGCUUUCUCGAUCAACAUAUCAUCGUACAGAAUCAAAAUCUGUUCUCAGUUUUAAGAUUAAAAAAGUAAUGUUCUUUUUCUCACAAAACAAGACAACACCCGUCUAUAGGCAUGUGCACAAACGAUUUUUUGUCUUUUAAUUUGGGAUAGAACACGUCGCUUUACGGCCUAAAAUCAGAGUGCAAACUUUAACUUUAACUUUAAGUAAAGAUAAAAAGGAAAAUUUUAAUCACAAAAAUAAGCCUACUUCAAAGAGAAAAAGAGCAGAGAAUAAUUUUCUUUUUUUUCUUGAAUAAUUAUAUUAGAGACGUAUA